CUCUACUUUGAAAGACAGGCUGCAGUUUUUCCUUUUUUUUCUGGGUGGGUUUGGCUUCACGCGUUUGCGGGCGGCUCAGUUACGUUUGCUGUCCUCGUUUGAACGAUCGAUUGGGCGGUUUUUUUCUACACGGGCCUGGCAACGGUAGGAAAACGACAACAAACAUGGCGGAAGAUCAUGCAGAUGCUGAGCAGACCCUAGAGAGUCAUACAUCGGUCCCAGACAACCCACAUGCAGAAUAUGGUCUUACGGAGAAUGUACAGAGGAUAGCUGAAAAUGAAAAAGCCUGUGCUGAAAAGGUCUCAAAACAAAAAGUGGACUUGCAGUCUCUGCCUACUCGUGCAUACCUGGAUCAGACUGUUGUGCCCAUUCUUCUUCAAGGACUGUCCGUGCUUGCAAAAGAAAGACCUCCAAAUCCAAUAGAGUUUCUAGCAGCUUAUCUUCUCAAGAACAAGUCACAGUUUGAGGACCGGAAUUAACAUCUAUUUCAAUAAUAUAGCAAAGGAUUCAAGUAUAGCAGUUAACCCUUGAGGACUUCUUCAGCUUUUCAGUACUGGCUAAAUUGCUGUUCACCAACUGAAAAUGCAUGCAAGUAAAUAGAAAACAUCUGACUUACUCAAACCUUUCUAGGAGCCACAUGUAGAAAAUGAAUUAAUAUUUAAGAAAUGGUUUUCAAAAACACAGGGCCAUGUUUCCUGUUGUUCUGCUGUAAACAUGUUUAAUAUUUUUAUAUACUAAUACAAAAUUAUUGUAAUUGCUUUCUUAGUAUUGAAUUUUAUUUAAAAAUAAGGUUAGACUCACAAGGAAUUUGAAAAGGUACAGGGUAAUGUUUUAGUUGCAACUGUAUGAGUUGGUUUUUUCUGUAUAAGUUGGUUUUUAAGCCUGCUAAUGCAAGAUGGAUUAAACUUCACUAGCUUUUUUGCUUUUGUCAUAUAAAGCAAGUGGAGUAGAAAAGUAAAGCAUGCAGAGAGCAUGGCUAAAAGCCAUAGCUGUAGCCAAAUGUUCCUAAAGUGUUUAGUUUUUCUACUGUAGAUUUCAUUUUAUCAUCAUGAUCCAGAUUUGACUUGAAAUAAACUAUAGGGUUCACAGCAUUUAUUGCUACACUCAAAGAUGAAGCAUUUAAAAAUAAGAAAAUAUUGUAGAGGGAAAAUAAAUAUGUAUCAUCACCA